GCGGAGGAGGCGGAGCUCGUAAGGCUCCGUGUUUCUGGGCUCUCGCCGUCCGAAAAGCCGGCGGGAUCAGAUUUGUGAUCUAAAUGCUGGCGCGGUUUCUCUCAGUCCAGAAGAGUUGUACGCCCGGAGCGGACUGAUUUACCAAGCAUAGGAGUAAUACUAUAGAUAAAAAUGCCGACUGGAACCAAAGAGAGACCAACUUUAUUUGAAAUUUUUAAGAUGCGAUGCAACGUAACAGAUUUAGGACCAAUAAGCCUUAACUGGUUUGAAGAACUGUCUUCAGAAGCUCCACCGUAUAAUUCUGAGCCGACAGAAGAACCUGGAUGUAAAAGCAGCAAUUAUGAACCACAUUUGUUUAAGACACCACAGCGGAAGCUCCCUUAUCAUCAGUUGGCGUCAACUCCGAUCAUAUUCAAGGAUCGAGGUCUGUCUCUGGCACUAUACCAGUCUGCUUUACAAGAGCUCGGGAGACCCCAACUAGACUGCGGGAAGGAUACUGCCAGUAAUGAACAUAAAAAUUGCUGCAGAACGAAGGCUAAAAUAGAACGAGUAAAUGCCAUUAACAGUCCACUUCUAAAUCCUAGUGAAAGUCCUGUUAUACAAUAUACACAUGAAACACCACAAAGAAAAAAGUCAGUGGUAUGUGGGAGUUUAUUCCAUACGCCGAAACUCAUGAAGGGUCAGACACAGAAACAUAUUUCUGAAAGCCUGGGAGCGGAAGUGGAUUCUGAUAUGUCUUGGUCAAGUUCUUUAGCAACACCACCCACCCUUGGUUCCACUGUGAUUAUAGUCAGAGAUGAAGAAGCAUCUGAAACUGCUGAUAGUACUGCUAUUUCUAAAAACCAUUCUAAUGAUGAAAAACUGAAGAAAAAUGAGAGACUCAUUUCUGUGACAGAAAAUGAAAACACUCCAGCUAGAAGCCAAAGAUUGAGGAAAACACUAGGAAAUUCACUUGGUGAAGUAAAUAGUUGCGAAGACCACUUUGACAAGUUGAUGCCAAGUGUUCUAGAUGAUGAAGUGUGUGAAGCAGUCGCAGAUAUUUCGGAAGAAGACAGUUUUUCUUUUUGUUUCUCUAAGCAUAAAAUGGGAAGUGUACAAAAACUAAAAAGUGGAAAGACUAGGGAAGACAUUUUUAGUGAAGAAGAAACUGACAAAUAUGAUGAAGCUGAAAAACAAACAAAGGGAAAUAAACAUUCAUUUCCAUGUGAGAUGGAAACAAAGAAUUGUGAUCCAUUAGAUUCAAAUGUAGCCAAUCAGAAGCCUUCAGAGAGUGGAAAUGAUGAAGUCACCAAGGCAUUUGUACCAUCUGAAUGGUCUCAGCUGAGUCUCUCUAAUCUUAAGGAACUCAAGAUGGAGAAAAUACCCAUAGCGCAGGUUUCUUCUUGGGACCAGAGUGGUUUAGAAGAAGAUCCCAUGGGCACAGAGAAAGCAUGUAACAGCCACAUUACUCCUGAAGAUUCUUUACCACCUACUUCUGAUCUACCAAAAUUAGAGAUGACGUUAAAAGAGGAACCGGUUGUCCAUAACGGCGAUGAAGCACAGCAUCUUGAAUCUCCCAAUUCUCUUCUGGAAGUAAAGCCUGCGAUAUCUCAGAUAUGUUCAGUAGUUUCUCCAUUUCAGGGUAUCAAAAAGUCUAUAUUCAAGAUCACAGAGUCACCUGAGGAGACUUUUAAUACUUUUUUUUCAAGUGACAUGACUAAUUCAGAUUUUAAAGACAAAACAGGAAUCUCUGAUAGAGGAAUGGAAAUGCAUACUUCUUACUCACAGAAAGAGAAGUCUUUGUGCCAGAGUUUGGUUGACAGUGGAAGCAGUCCAGCCACUGCCACUCUCUCUUCUGUUAAUUCAAAGAAUUCAAGUUUAAUAUCCACUUUGAAGAAGAAAACCAAAAAAUUCAUUUAUGCCAUAAAGAAUGAAUCUUACCAAGGAAAAAAAAUACAGAAAGACCAAAAUGUAGAACUAACAAGCUGUUCAGCGCAAUUUGAAACAAAUGCUUUAGAUGCACCUCUUGCACUCGCUAAUGCUGACCCAGGUUUAUUGCAUUCUUCUGUCAAAAGAAACUGCUUACAGGAUGACUGCAAAGGAAAAACUUUGUCUUUAACCAAUUCCUUCGAGGCAACACUAAGGAAAUACUCCAGUGAUGAGUGUAAUCCCGAUAAAACAAUAAUAUCGCAAGAUCUUUAUUAUAAGGAAGCAAAGAUUAAUAAGGAAAAACUGCCAUCAUUUUUGACCCCUGAAAUUAAUGAUCUAUCAUGCCUGCAGGAAGAUGAUUCCAAAAGCCAAAAAAUUUCCAGUAUAAAUGCAAAGAUGACUUCAGAAUGUCACACUGCAAUGCAGCAGUUACAGGUAGAAUGUGAUAAUACUCGCUCACAAUCCCAAGACAGUUUUUUGGAUGACUGUGUUAAUACCAGCACUUGGAUUUUAACUCAGAGCAAUAAGGAUCAUCCACCAAACCCAGUGGGAAUUUCUGGAAAAGAAGAAUCAUACAAAAUGUCAGAGAAACCAAAAUACAAGAAUUGUGAAACUGAUACUGAAUUAGCCAAAAAUAACCCCAUAGGGAAAAAUCAAGAAAUACAGGUUUUAAGCGAAAAUUUUGUAAAAGCUGAACUGAUGCCACCUGAAAAACAGGUAACAAAGGCGUCUCCUCCCAUCAAACUUCAGCGCAACGAAAUUACAAAUCUAACAGUGAUCCAGAACGACCAGGAAGAAACUACUUUAAUUUCAGAAAUUGCUGCCAAUCCAAAGGCUGAAGAAUCUUUCCUGGAUAAUGAGAAUAGUUUUGUCUUUCAAGUAAUUAAUAAGAGAAAUAAUCCUGUUUCGGAAAGCAACAGGGAACGCCGUGAAGCCUCCCUCAGUCCUGUGAAAGACUCCCUUCUCCAGACCUCCAGUGUGGCAGAAUGUGGAGGCGUAAGUGACAAACAGAUAGCUCACGCAUUAACUACAAAAGAUUUUGACUCAUCACUUACGGUCCAUGAUCUUGCAGAAGAGAACAAAAAUCAUGUAAAGCAUCAUCUAAAAGUGACUCUAGAUCAAGAAUUAAAAUCAGAUACCUCCUCCGAUGUAUAUAUGAAAUCAAAUGGAAAUAAUGAUGACAUGGACAAAUGGGCAGGGCUUUUUGAUCCAAUUUCAAGCCACAGUCUUGGAAGUAGCUUCAGAACAGCUUCUAAUAAAGAAAUAAAGCUCUCAGAACAUAAAAUUAAGAAAAGCAAAAUGCUCUUCAAAGAUAUUGAAGAACAAUAUCCUAUGAGCUUGGCCUGUGUUGAAAUUAUGAAUGCAAUGCCAUCAGAUAAUCAGAAGAAACUGACUAAUCCUGAUCUGUUUGAUUCCCAGCCUGUUACUGCUGUCUCUGCGUGUGUGCAGAGUAGUGUGUUUGAUUCUGUUUGUGAGAACAACCACAGAACCCCUCAGGUGGCCUCUCUAAGGGACGAUAUUAAUAAUUUGACACCUAGCCAGAAGGCAGAAAUUACAGAACUUUCUACUAUAUUGGAAGAAUCAGGAAGUCAGUUUGAAUUUACACAGUUCAGAAAACCUAGCCGUAUAAUGGAGGGCAACACAGUAGAAGUUCCCGGAAACCAAAUGACUGUCUUAAAUACCACAAGUGAUGCACGUCAAGACGCCCAUCUUUGUUGUACAGUUAAUGCCUCGGCCAGCAGUCUUAUUGAUGGCAACAGGAAAGUUGAAAAAGCAGUUGCAAUUAAACAAAAUUUUUGUAUCUCGUUAAAAAGCAACUGCAAGAAAUACACUAAUGAGUUAGCAGAUAAAAAUGAAGUGGAAUUUCGAGGCUUUCGUUCUGCUCUUGGCAAAAGACUGAAUGUUUCCAAUGAAGCCCUGCAAAAAGCAAUGAAACUGUUCAGUGACAUUGAGAAUGUUAGUCAGGAAACUUCAGAGGUGGAUCCAGGGUGCUUCCCUUCAAGUAAAUGUCUUAGCUCUGUUUCAGUGACUAAAGCAAAAAAGUAUAACAAUGAUCAAAAUGCAAAUGAGAAAGACAAAGACCAGGUAAUAUUACAAAACGAUACAGAAGUGACCUCUGACAGUUUUGCCAAAGAAAAUACUCAACAUCGUAGGAGCAGCACAGAAAGGGAGAACAGUACAUGCAGUAAUGCCAGUGGGAAUGCUUGUAUAUUAGGAGAAUUUGAUGGCAACGAUUCAAGGAAAAAUGAUAGAGUUUAUAUCCAUACCACUGAAAACGACUUGCCGUGCCUUAACCAGCACACCCAGUUCGUGAAGGAAGAAAACACUCAGCUUAAAGAAAGUUUGUCAGAUUUAACUUGUUUGGAAGUUGUAAAAGCUGAAGAAGCCUCUCACAGUGAUACUUUCAAUGAUGAAGAGUUAACUGUGCUGGAGCAAAACGGAAAAGCUGUUGAGGAUUUUGAGGUAUCCUUUCAGACUGCAGGUGGAGAAAAUACCAGCGUCUCCAACGAUUCGUUAAAUAAAACUGUAACGCUAUCUGAUAAGGAAGCAGAGGAAUUUACCUUUUCAAAUUGCUUGAACUCCAGCCGCCUACUUUCUGACAUGAAUAAGAACAAAAUGUGUAUUUCAGGUUGUGAGGAGACAGUUAUGGAUAAAAAAUUUGAAGAAAAUAUCCCAGUUAGUUUUGAAAAUCAACCACAGAUUAUGCAGCAGCAACAAGAAUGCAGAAUAGGAAAGAUUAAAGAACCUGCUCAACUGGGUUUUCACACAGCUAGUGGUAAAAAAGUAAAGAUUGCAAAAGAAUCUUUUGACAAAGUAAAAACUCUUUUUGAUGAAAUAAAGCAAAAUAGUGAAAUCACCAGUCUUACCCAUCAAGGGGCAAGCACCCUGCAGGUUAAGGAAGACCAUGAAGAAGGACUCGAAUUGGCAGUUGAGGUAACUAUGCCAAAGUGUGAAGAAAUGCAGAAUUAUCUGGAUUGUGGUGAGAAAAACUGUGAUUCUGAUGACACUAGGGUGCUACCUUGGGUAAGUGAUAACUUAUGCAAACAAACGGAAAGUCUAAAAACAAAAAACAUUUCUUCGAAAGUUCAAGAACCUGAAAAUGCAGAGAUCAAAAUGGCAAGAAAUCCUAAUGACACAAAUCCGCCUCCUCUAGCUGUUGGAAAUUCAGCUUUGGUGUGUGACACAGAACUGGGUAGAAAAACUUCUGUGAAUCAAGCUUUGCCACUUGAAGCCAAACAGUGGCUUAGAGAAGGAGAAUUGGAUGGUCAGCCAGAAAAAAAUGCUGCCAAAGAUACAUGUGUGAAGGAAUACCCUAAAAAUUAUAUUGAAAAACCCUCAUGUGAAAAUAAUACAAAUAAUACUAUAACUGAAAGUGACAAACAUCAUCUCUCCGGAAAGCGAGAUUCACUUUAUUUAAAUAAAAACGUGUCUCACAACUCUCCAUGUCAUUCUGAUGUCACACAUAAUGAUUCAGGAUAUCUCUCAAAAGAUAAAAUUGACUCUGGUGUUGAGCCAGUAGUGAAGAAUGUUGAGCAAACAACCAGUGGUUUCUCCAAUGUAAUGUCUAGCGAAAGAGAAGAAAACGGAUGCUCAGAAACUGUGAAAGAAGGAGGCUGUGAUCUGCAAGGUGUGGCUCAGUCUUCACCAUGCGGAAAUAAAGAGAGAGCCACUAGCUCGGCUGUGCCUCACGUGCGUGACUUUGAGGUAGGGCCACCCGCAUUCAGUACAGCCAGUGGUAAGGCAGUGUGUGUUUCACAUGAAGCAAUACAAAAAGUGAAAGAGAGAUUUGCAAGUGACUGCCAUAAAAUGGUCAAGCCAAACACUGGGAGUAAAUCAGACUCUUCUCAAACAAGAAUUAUGGCAGGUUAUUUUAAAUCAUCAGAUAAUCCAAAGGAUCUUAUUUUUCCUAACCCUGUCAAUAACAAUGGACAAAGUGUGUAUUCACAUAAGGGUUUUGCUGACCUUCAAAAUGAGCAGGUGCUACAAUAUAACCAAAGGCUGUCUGCAUUGGUUCAAGUUUCUGAAUUGUCACCUUGUCGCGUGAGUAUGAAAACUUUGGAUGGAUGUAAUUUUAAUGAAAAGAUGGUUCCCAAGCCAGCCUUUUCUACAGACUCUGGGAUUUUCAGCACAGCAAGUGGAAAAUCUGUACUUGUGUCAGAUGCUGCGUUACAAAAGGCAAAGCAGAUGUUUUCUGAAACGGAAGGUAGUGCAGAACAACUCUUCAGCAAAGUAUCAUUUCAAGGUAAAGAACGCUCAGGCCAGUUCACAGGAGAGGGAAGUGCUGUGACAGGUGGCCCAGAAAACACACUGUUCCAGAGGGACCUUCCACACAAUGUGAUAAGCGUAUCUGCUUUCUCUGGGUUUAGUACAGCGAGUGGAAAGCACGUUUCAGUUUCCGAGAGUGCCUUACAGAAAGUGAAGGGAAUGUUAGAGGAAUUUGAUUCCAUCAGAGCUGAACAUUCCCUUCAGGAUUCACCUACAUAUAGACAGAGUGUAUUGAAAGCAACCCCUCCUCCUUGUGUUACUAAGAGAACCCCAGAACACUCUGUGAACUCCAAAAAGGCAAGUAAAGAAAAUGAAUCACCGAGUGAUACUGAGCGUUGCUCUUCAGAUUAUCACUGUGGGGAAGUUUCUCCAUGUAUCCCUCACUUUAGGAAAGACAAACAGUUGUUAUUAAAAAACAAAAUACCGCUUGCUGAAAACACCUGUUUUUCGGGGAAACGGCAGGCUUUACCUAAAAGGACGAACAUGGAAACUGGUAAAACUGAAACUUUUUCCAGUGAUCCUGUGAGAACAAAGAAAGAAAUCUGUUCUGCUUACUCAGAAAAUGACUCAGAAAUGGAGGCAAUAGAGAUUGCCAAAGCCUUCAUGCAAGAUGGUGAGCUCACAGACUCUCCAGUGUCAGGUUACGGCAAGCACUCAUAUCAAAGAAACAAGGGGAUGGCUGUUUUAAAUUCAAGAAUGGGAAAGAGAAGAGGAGGUGCCUUUGUCUCAAUUGGAGAACCUCCAAUGAAAAGAAACUUGUUAAAUGAAUUUGACAGAAUAGUAGAAAAUGAAGAAAAAUCAUUAAAGCCUUCAAAAAGCACUCCAGAAGGCGCUAUAAAAGAUAGAAGAUUAUUUAAGCAUCACGCUUGUUUAGAACCAGUUACCUGUGGACCCUUUUGCACAACUAGAGAACGUCAAGAAAUACAGAAUCCACAUAUCACUGCACCUGGACAAGAAUUUCUGACUAAAUCUCAUUUUUAUGAUCACUUGAAUUUGAAAAAAUCCUCAAGCAGCUCAUCUGUUUCAGAACAAACAUGUCCUAAAGCUCCUACUACAGCAAAUGAAAAGACGAGGCACUCAGUGGCUACAGACCAACCAGCCAAAGUCUUCAUCCCACCUUUUAAAGUUAAAUCACAUUUCCAAAAAGAUGAACCGUGUGUUGGAACGGAUAUUCGUUUGGAGGAAAACAAAGAAACCCAUAAAAACAUAAGUGAACGUGGCUCUGAUGAUAGUGAAACUCAGAUUGGGACUGGUGAAGCCCAUGAAUUUAGCAGAAGCAGCUCCGAUCAGGCAGCGACUGUUACCUUUACAAAGUGUGAAGAGGAGCCUCUAGAUUUAAUUGCAAGUUUUCAGCAUGGCAGAGAUAUGCAAGAUAUGCGAAUUAGAAAGAAAAAAAGGCAACAUAUUUUUCCACAGCCUGGCAGUCUGUAUCUUACUAAAACAUCUACUCUGCCAAAAAUCUCUCUGAAGACAGCAGUAGGUGGCCGGAUUCCCUCUGCAUGUUCUCAUAAACAGCUGUAUAUGUAUGGAGUUUCUAAACACUGCAUAAAAAUCAACAGCAGAAAUGCGGAGUCUUUCCAGUUUCACAUUCAGGAUUAUUUUGGUAAGGAAGAAUUAUGGGCUGGAACGGGGAUACAUUUGGCUGAUGGCGGAUGGCUUGUUCCCUCCAAUGAUGGAAAGGCUGGAAAAGAAGAAUUUUACAGAGCUCUGUGUGAUACACCUGGUGUGGAUCCAAAGCUUAUCUCCCGAGAAUGGGUCUACAAUCACUACAGGUGGAUUAUAUGGAAAUUGGCAGCUAUGGAAUUUGCUUUUCCUAAGGAAUUUGCUAAUAGAUGCCUAAACCCAGAGAGAGUGCUUCUUCAACUAAAAUAUAGAUAUGAUAUGGAAAUUGAUAGAAGCAGACGAUCUGCUAUAAAAAAGAUACUAGAAAGAGAUGAUACACCUGCAAAAACCCUUGUUCUCUGUGUGUCUGACAUAGUUUCAUCAAACACAGAUUUAUCUGAAACUUCUAGCUGUAAAGCCAGUAACGUGGACACCAACAAAAUGGCCAUCAUUGAACUCACGGAUGGAUGGUAUCCUGUGAAAGCCCAGUUAGAUCCUCCCCUCUUUGCCCUCUUGAAGAAUGGGAGACUCUUUGUAGGUCAGAAAAUCAUCGUCCACGGAGCCGAGCUGGUGGGUCCCCCUGAGGCCUGCAUGCCACUGGAAGCCCCAGAAUCUCUUAUGUUAAAGGUUUCCGCUAACAGUACUCGGCCUGCGUGCUGGCACACGAAGCUCGGGUUCUUUCCCGACCCUCGGCCAUUUCCUCUGCCUUUGUCGUCACUGUUCAGUGACGGAGGAGGUGUUGCCUGCGUCGAUGUGGUUAUCCAGCGGACAUACCCUGUACAGUGGAUGGAGAAGACAUCUUCCGGACUGUACGUAUUUCGCAAUGAGAGAGAGGAAGAAAAGGAGGCAGCUAAAUAUGCAGAGGUCCAACAAAAGAAAUUGGAAGCCUUAUUCGCUAAAAUUCAAGCAGAGUUUGAAGAGCAUGAAGAAAGCACGGCCAGACAGUGUGUAGCGGCUCGGGCACUAACCCAACAGCAAGUCCGUGCUUUGCAAGACGGGGCAGAGCUCUAUGAGGCGAUGAAGAGCGCAGCAGACCCACGCGAGCUCGAGAGUUAUUUCAGUGAAGAGCAAAUAAGAGCAUUGAGUCAUCACAGACAAAUGUUAAAUGAUAAGAAACAAGCCCAGAUCCAGUUGGAAUUCAGAAAAGCUAUGGAAUCUGCUGGACAAGGGGAAUGUGGCUUGUCAAGGGAUGUUACAGCUGUGUGGAAAUUGCGAAUCAUCACCUAUGACAAAAAGGAAAAAAAUUCAGUUCUGCUGAGUAUCUGGCGUCCAUCCUCAGAUUUAUAUUCCCUGUUAACAGAAGGAAAGAGAUAUAAAAUCUAUCAUCUCACAGCAUCAAAAUCUAAAAGCAGAUAUGAAAAAGCUCACGUGCAGCUAGCAGCUACCAAAAACACUCAGUACCAAGAGCUCUCGGCUUCAGGUGAAGUCCUACUCCAGGUUUUCCAGCCGAGAGAGCUGCUUCACUUCAGCAGACUGUCAGACCCGGACUUUCAGCCUCCCUGCUCUGAGGUGGACCUGAUAGGACUUGUCGUUUCUGUUGUGAAAAAAACAGGUCGUGCUCCUUUGGUAUAUUUAUCAGAUGAAUAUCAUAACUUAUUGGCAAUAAAGUUUUGGGUAGAUAUUAAUGAAGAUGUUAUUAAACCGUGUGUAUUAAUUGCUGCAAGCAAUCUCCAAUGGCAACCAGAAUCCAAACCAGGAAUUCCUACUUUAUUUGCUAGAGAAAUGUCUGCAUUUUCUGCCAGUCCAAAAGAGGCCCAUUUUCAGGAGACAUUCAACAAAAUGAAAAAUACUAUUGAGAAUAUUGAUAUAUUUUGCACUGAGGCAGAAGAGAAGCUUGUGCAUAUACUUAGUGCAAAUGACCCCAAGUGUUCUACGCCAGCUAAAGAGCCAUCCGCUGCUCAGACGGUCCUCAGUGCCGGAAGUAAGCCUGUGAUGCCUUCUGUUAGUGAAAUAAUUUAUCAGAGUCCUUUGUCACUCUGUACGCCAAAAGGGAAGUCAGUUGCCACACCUGUGCCUGCCCAAGUGACUUCAAAAUCUUUCUGUAAAGGGGAAAAGGAGGCUGAAGACCCAAAAACCUGCAGAAGAAGAAGAGCCUUGGAUUUCCUGAGCAGACUGCCUCCACCUCCGCCGGUUAGCCCCCUGUGUGCGUUUGUCUCACCAGCCGCACAGAAGGCGUUCCAGCCCCCGCGCAGAUGUGGCUCGGGGCCCGAGGCACCUGCGCCGCGCAGGGAGCCCGGUUCUCCCCAGGUGACUCCGCUGCAGAAAUUCAGGGCCAUUUCCCCUUUGGACAGCGAUUCAAUAGCUGAUGAAGAACUUGCCCUGAUAAACACCCAAGCCCUGAGGUCCGCUGCAGCAGAACACCAGCCUGGCAAUGACCCCAGCAGGACUGACACCGCCCUUGCAAAAGAUUCUCCAGCCCCAAACAGGCACUCUGCUGCAGCUCUGAGCAAAGCACAGGAGCUCCGCCAGGCCGCCAGAGAAGAAAGUGAGACUGUCCGGAAGGACACAAGCAUGAGAAAAAAUACAUCCAGAAGAUUACAAAGGCGGCAGAACCUCAACGAUUGUCAAGGUGACCAAGACCAAAAUGACAGUAAACCACCUACUGAUUCUUAA